CCUCUGGCUUCUUAGCCGAACAACCCGUCGCCAAUACUCAUAGAGUCCCAAAGAGGAAAUUCGGAGCUUCAACCGUCCGAUGAGGACAGCAACACAAUUCUCCUUCUUGCCAGGCUGGCUUCACACGACGAACUAUUAAGAAUGGGCCGAGUUGUUGUUGGAAUCGGUUGUGUUUCCUAUCAUCAAGCACUUGACGCGCUCUGAGCUGCAUCUUGAUAUAGCCUGACUUGCAAGGACGGCAUCGCCAUCAACUACACAACUAUGAAGCUCAACUCGACUCUAAUCCUAGCCGUGCUAUUUACUGGCACGGCCCAGGCCUUUAAUUUUCACAAGCCGGCACCACCUCCACCCAGCAAGGUUGACGGCUUCGAGUGGAAUAACCCAUUCUCCUCGAAGGCAAUUUCAUCCUUCGAGUCGGCCUGCGAGUCCACGGCCAACUUCCACGCCUUUGAGUAUACCCUCCAUGAUCUGAUGACGCUACCGCCCAACGGUCUCAAGCCUUGGGGCAAUGGUCUUAAGACAGUCUUUUCCGGAAGGGAGUAUCCGGGCGGGUGGGUUGGAAUAGAUGCCCAUCUUCACAACCGAAACAUUCUGUUGAUGGACUAUGACAAACUGCCACUCCUGGUUCGUGAGUGGAUCGAGGAAGAGGAGCGAACGGACGGCAAGGGCAAGGCCCUGUUUGCCAUAUUUGAUAAACCUAAGCAGGAGGACGACGAAGUGGAAUCAGUUGUUGAGUUCCCGUCGGCUGACAAGAUUGAUCGAUCCCAAGAUGGGCAACGAGUCGCCAUCUUCGCUCCAGGUGCUCUAUAUGGCAUUCUACCGCUGUGGGCCGCCGGCACUAGUGAUUGCAAGGGUAAGUUGAUCAUAAAGGAACCCAAUCGAAUCACACGUUUUGCUCAUGAAGUUGCCUUAGACGUUCUCUCCGACCUGGGCAAGUACAAGGCCACGCCAGAGGACAACGGUGUUGUUGCCUGGGUGAAGCACACCCAGCCCGAUGAAAAGAAGACGAUAAAAAUUGAAAUCAAGGCGAAUUCUCUAAAGGCCAAGGCGGUAGAGGACAAGGAUGCUAAAGAGAGCAAGGAGGCAGAAGAUAAGGAGGAGAAGACGGCGUCUAGAGACGAGCUCUAGUCUCCAGAGAGUGACUAAAUCAUAAUGCUCCUCGACAUUGUCAAUAUGCGUCGCUCUAAUGAGGCCUAAAUGACCGUUCAGUUAAGUGCUGUUGAAUUAUGAUCAUUUAUUAUACUAGUAUCGAAUCUGUGUGGUGGCGAUGUUAGUGCGCCGUCCUUCAGAUAACCGAAAGAAUGAGUAAGUGCAUGUCGACAACGGAAGUACAUUUACAACGCAUACAAAAGAAGAGGACAUUGAAACCCGGGGUAUGUGCG